CGAAGGCUAUGUUAGCUCCAAACAUACAUACAGAUCUCUCCAACCACUUCUUCACUCUCAUAGCUGUAUUGGGAUUUUUUUCGUGAUCAGACACUAGAUUCUCGGCUUAAUUACAGGAAGCUUUCGUGUAGCUUUGUGGGUAUUCAUAUAUCUAAUUUUUCGAGCCAGAUAAGUUGCUAUGUUCUUCUUAGAUGAACCCAAUUGUUGUUUUUGAUUUAUUAUUUGUUUUUCAGUAUGUUUCUUUCAAUUUUAGGUGGUUUGCUUAUUGGGUUUCUUUGAUUGAGUGGAUUUGGGUAAUCUAUUUGUGAGUUCUUUUGGUUUUUGUUUGGUAUUGUGUGUAUAAUCUUGAAAUGUGUUAGUUAAAUUGAUGAUUUAGAUAAGCUCUAGAAGGACCUUGUUGUGCUUGAGCAUCAAUGACUCGUAACGUAUUUUGGUUGUUUCUGAGAUGGAGUGUUAUGGAACUGUAUGACAAAUGGCUUCCAUGGAGCAAAAAGUGGAGUUGGAAUUAGGGUUUUAAGGGAAACAGUUUCAUUGAUAUAAUCUGAGUUCAGAGAGAAGACCUCUGAAGAGUGAAAUUUUACUGUUGGAUUAGGGUUUUCGAGGAAUUUCGGUUUGUGGGUGUGAUCUGUAUUGUUCUUAGCUAGCAAUGGAAGGCAAUUUAUCAUCAGGAAAUAUGAUUCCGGGUAGUAGUUCUUUUGGGGGGCUUGACUUGAAAGGUUCAAUGCGAGUUCAUCAACAACAACAACAACAACAACAACAGCCGCUUACCCUCCAUCAACAACAUCACUCUCUUCCUAGACAAGGAUUGAUGGUCCAUCCAUCGAUUCAUGAGAAUUUUCCGCUUACUAUGUCAAGCAUGCAAGAUUGUGAUCAGACCAUCCCUUUGGCAGAUUUCUCUAAAGGGGGAGAGAGGGGAAAAAAUUCUGCGAGUGACGAGGAUGAACCGAGCUUUAUGGAAGACACGAUUGACGGUCACAACGAUGGGAAUAGAGGGAAAAAGGGGAUGCCAUGGCAGCGUGUGAAGUGGACCGAUAAGAUGGUGAGGCUUUUGAUUACUGCUGUUUCUUACAUAGGUGAGGAUGUUGCUGCUGAAUAUGGUAGCGGAACGAGGAGGAAAUAUGUGAAUUUACAAAAAAAGGGCAAGUGGAAAUCAGUUUCGAAGGUCAUGGCCGAAAGGGGUCAUUAUGUUUCUCCUCAGCAGUGCGAGGAUAAAUUCAAUGACCUCAACAAAAGGUACAAGAGGCUUAAUGAGAUCCUUGGGAGGGGCACUUCUUGCCAGGUUGUUGAGAGGCCUGAACUCUUGGACAUGAUGGAUCAUAUAUCAGAGAAAGCAAAGGAGGAGGUUAGGAAAAUUCUGAGCUCGAAGCAUUUGUUCUACGAAGAGAUGUGCUCUUACCAUAAUUCCAACCGAUUGCAUCUGCCCCAUGAUCCCGAAUUGCAGCGUUCUUUGCGUUUGGCUCUUAGGAGUAGAGAUGAUCAUGACAACAUUGAUGUGAGGAGGCACCCACAAGACGAUCUUGAUGAAGAUGAUCAAGAUGCGGAAACUGAUGAUCGUGAUGAAUUUGAGGAAAAUCAUGGUUUGCAUGGGGAUCGUAGAGCAAUGUAUGGGGUUUGGGGCUCUGCAAAGAGAAUGAAACCAUGCCAGGGUCAAGAAGAUAUUACUUUAGGGAGUUCCUUCACUGCUUUAGACUGUAACAAAACUUUCAGUUCUCACCCACAAAAUGUUCAGGGUGAUACGAAUGAAGGGUUACCCGAAGGUGUGAAAGCAAACCUGUUGCAAAGGCAGUGGAUGAAACAUCGCUCACUUCAGUUGGAAGAACAGAAGUUACAGAUUCAGGCACAAAUGUUGGAAUUGGAGAAAGAGAGGUUCAAGUGGCAGAGAUUUUGCAGGAAAAAAGACCGGGAGUUGGAAAUGAUGAGGAUGGAAAACGAGAGGAUGAAACUUGAGAACGAGCAUAUGGCAUUGGAGUUGAAGCAAAAGGAGAUGGCUGCUGAGUUUAACUAAAUAGCCUGUGUGGUCAAAAUUAGUUUGUCUGGUAAGGAUUGGGUGUGUGCAAUGCAAGUUUUUGUUUAUUUGUUUCUGGUAAGCUUCCAUUGAUGUUAUCUGGGUUGUGAUAAUUACUUUAGAAACCUUGUUGGAAGUAGUGUCCCUGUGUGCAUAUACUGUAUAAACUGUCAGUUAUUUCUGUUUUUCCUUAAAUGAAAUGGUGUUGCCUACAGGUGUAGCAUAUUUUGGUAGAAAACCUCUAUGUUCUGAUGUUGUUACUUUUACACACACACACACACACACACAAAGAAAGAAAAGAAAAAUUCAAGCACAGCUGCAAGUUCAUUGACAUAGGCUAAACGGACCAGAUAUUUGUUUAGAGAGCUGAUAUAUCUUAUGGGUAUUUUUUUCAUCUAAAACAUUGAUUUGAACUGCUCUUUUUCAUAAUUUUUUGCAACUUAAAUCAUGAAAGGAAAUGUUUUGAGUAUUAAAACAUAGCCAAUAGUUACAUUACAAGAAGGGAAUCCCCUCUGAAAAAACAACAUCCACAACGAUAGUAACCCAUGCCACUUAAUCUGGGAGAUGACAAGCUGGCUAAGCUUACAACAGACCUAAUCUGAGCACUAACAUUAUAAAUUUGCUGAGGUAUGCAUGAUUAAGAACAUUCAUCAGUUUGAAACCCCCUAUUUCCACCCUCUAUUGUAUAUAUAAAAUAAAAUAAAAAAAACCAUGUAGCCCGCACAUGACCAUUAACAAACUGCAUGUUCUCUCUCUGAAAAGACAAUUAUGCUGUUCUGUUCGGAAAGACCAGUGAGUGGUUUUCACAUAUCUUAUGUUCCUGCCCAAUCAGUUGCUUCUGUUCACUAAUAAUAGCACAAUAUCUUACUGUGGUUACUGCUUAAUGAAAGAGUGAUUUGAAUAUUUUUUUUCUUGGUUGGAUUUUUUGAUGGCCAACCUUGUGAGGCCCUAAAUGAGCUACAUUAGGCGAGAAUGUGUAGUUAACAUCAUUUUGAAUCACCUUCAUAUGUUGAUAUGUGAGCACUGAUACUAUGGUGUUAUGAUAAUUUCAGCGCCAUCAUGGCUAACAUAUAAGCUUUGGAAGGUAGCAAGACAAUGUUGAUUUAUUUCAAGUAAUCUAUGUAUCACUAGAGCAGUUAGCGAAGAUUCCAAUCCAAAUUGUUACUGAUAUUUCUAUAUUGAAUUGCUUCUGCCAAUUAAGUGACAAUCCAAAUGAAAUAAAAUAAAACAUCAAACUGAUGUGGUGUUUCAGCAAAAAUGAUUAUGUUUUGUUGUUUGAACGGUAUGUUUCUCUGUGAAAAUGUUGCAGAUGGUAGGAUCAAGAUUCUAUCUGAAUGGGUGCUUUAAUAGCAUCAUAUGCAUAUCUGAGCUACACUAGUUUCCUGUGUCACCAUUCAGUUGGGCAAUUUAAUCUUUAUUUUUCAAUCAUCAGUUGCUUUUGUUCUUGGUUCUUGUUUUAAGUCAUUUCAAUAUAUCUUCAAUCACCUAUUCCGGAAUCUCCUGCAUGUUAAUGAAGGUGCCUGUUCACUUUGUUAUCGAUCUUAUCUUUGCAUUUCUAUUUGUGUUUGGUUUAUUGUUUAUCAUCGCAAGACAUAUCUAGGAAAAUUGGAAGUGCUUGUCAAAGAGGCAUUGAAAAGAACUUAGAACUCCUUGCACAUGCUUGAAGUCAAAUAAGCCAUUCUUGGUGUCGCAAGGGUAAUUUAUGGUUGACAGUCUGCACCAAGUUAGGCUCCAGCAUGCUAAUUUUUGUUAAGUCGAGUAAAUUUGCAUGAGAUCUUUGUAGUUUUAGAAGAACCCUGGCUGGACCUCACAUCAUUGUUGGUUCUAGAACUUUUUAGCAAUACUGUUGUAAUGGUAGUUUUCCAGUUGCUUUAACUUUCUCUAUUUACUGUAGUAGGAUAUGAAGUUUUCCGGGUUCAAUGAAGUGGUCUUUAAUAUUUUGUUUUAAAGUGUCAUCAUCCAUUAAGGUGGUUUUUGGUUCUUCAAGUGGUAAUUGGAGUGGGGAAACGCUGUGAGUUUUUAAGAAUCUUGCCUUGGAAUUUACUGCAACAUAAUGCAUUUUUAAUCUGUAUUAUACAGCUGUGGCAAAUCCAUUGUGUUGUGGUUGUGGAUGUGUCUUGUGGUGGGUUUUGCAGCGUUCCAUUUAGGACAUGUAGGCUUGUAAUGUGAAGUCCAUAUGAUUCUCUUGGCAUUGUUCUAUUUGAUUGGCAAAACUGAAUUGGAGAAGGUGGAUACUGGGCUUAGCUGUGUUUUGGCUUCUUCAAUUUAAUAUUUUCUAUAAAUCAUUGGUGGAGAGGAGGUACUUUAUUUCGUCUGAGAUAUGGGAAAGCUCCAAUUCUGCCUGCUUGCUGGUAAUAUAUUUUGCAACUGGUGGCAAGUCAGGUGAAUACUAGUAGGAUCUUUGUUGGUUGCUUUCAUUUUCGACAGCUAUAUUUUGCUUGGUUGUAAUUUUGAAACGACACUUCUGUACUUGAUGUUGAAUAAAUUAACGCAUGUUUAUGCACUAAUUCUAGAACCCUUGAUUUGACUUUAUGUUUCCAAGAAUCUAUCUGUUUCAUCAUUCUUAAUACUUAUGUAAAGAAGAUUUAUUGUUUUAAAUUUAAAUUCAACCAUCGCUCACUUUGACAAACAUAAAAAAUUCUUCUUUUUCUUCUUUUUAUUAUUAUUUUUUUUGUUGUUAGUUAAUUUUUUUUCUUUCUUUUCUUCUAGAGAGGCUAGUUGUGAAAGCAUUCAUGCUAUAGUUUUUGCUUUAAAGUUUCCAUGUGCAGAGCCAGAGAACAAUUUGAUUUAGAAGUUCAUGGCCAAUCAAAAUUAAAGCCUUACUUUUAGGCUAGUGAGAUUGUUGACUGUGUAAUUAAGUUGAAUAUUGGUUGCAUUUGGACUGCCCAAAUUGGGGGGUAUUUUGAAAUUUACAGGAGGUGGUCAAUAUCAGCAGUUUGAUGUUCAUGAAUUUUACUAAUCGUUUGAAUAAUCACUUGGAAUAUUGUCUAUGCUAAUUGUUUGAAUUAGUUACUUGGAAUAUAUACACUGCUAAUAGUUUGAAUAGUCACUUGGAAUAUACCUCACUGACUAUAUAUUAGUCAGUGAUCAAAUCCAUUUACCUGACUACAAACUGUAAUUUGUACUUUUGUGCUUUCUAUACAAGAUGUAUCCAAUGAUUUGUUGAUGCAGGACCUUAACCAAACCAAAUUAAACUAAAACUAAUUUAAGCCUUGUGUCCUAUUUAAGUGGGUCGUUUAUAUGAAUCUUUUUCACUAUUCUUCUCUUUUAAGGGCUAAAUGCUUUGUUGAAUUACACAAAUUCAUAUUUUUUUUUACUACUGUAUCCCAUGUCAACUGAAGUCUUCCUCUCCUCUUAACAUUUCUAUUAAUGGUGAUUAUGUCACUCAUUGUAUUUAUAGAUUUUUGUUGUACAUAACCAAACUAUCUUAACUUGUUUUCUCUGACGUUGUCUUCAAUAGGUAUUACUCUUAGCACACAUCACAACUAUAUUCAUUUUUAUUUCUAUCUUUCCUAGUCUUACCACAAGUCCAUCUAAGAAUUUUUAUCUCAGCUACAUUCAUUUUAUGAACAUUUUAUUUCUUAAUUAUCUAACAUUUUGUCUCAUAAAGUAUCGGUUGCCUUAUAAUUGUUCUAUAAAAUUUUCUUUUUAAAUUUGUUGAGAUAUUCAUCGAUUGCAUAAUAUACUAGCCGCAUUUCUCCACUUGACCCAACUUAUUUUGAUUAUAUGGAUCACAUCAUCUUCGACCUUGAUAUUUAUUAUUCAUUUGAAAAUAUUAUGAUGAGAAGCUCUGUUUGUCAUGCACUGGGAUACAUCUACAUACUGUUCUCAUUCCAAACAUAUUUUGUUUCUUUAUUCGCUCUCUAAAUCUAGACAUUGCUUGUGGUUGAGAGUUAAGUAGGAUUCUUGGAUUUGAAAAAUGUUGUUUCCCAGCACUUAGGUAUGUGCAUGAGUCAUAAUAUUUUUACUCAUAUUUAGAAAAUGGAUGGAUAAUUUAUAUACUAAUUUGCUUAAGAUGGAACAGUUACGUUCUAUUAGAUGAUAAUUUUUUUAGCAUAUGUGAUCUCUUCAAAUUUUGAUCAGCUUGUAAGCUGUGAUUGAAGUAUAUAGAAUUUACUAUAUAUAUAUAUAUAUAUAUAUAUUUUUUUUGUUGAUAAAUUUUAUGUUUUACAAGAAAUAAAGAAGGAAAACUAGAUUCCAAGAAAGCAUCUAUUGCCAAACUUCAAAUUCGAAUUCAUGUUUCUUUAUCUACAUUCAACCAUUAUGUCACGGCUUUGUAGGAAUGACAAUAGAGGUUAAUGGAGUGAAUAUUAAUUUCUCAUUUUCAUUCCCUUAUAAUUAUUUUUUUGCAUUUCCCAUUCUCCAUUCCUCACGGGUACUACCCUCCCCAUAUCCUAAUGGGUUUUUUUUCCAACCUAAUUUUUUUUUUUUUUAAAGGUUCACAAUCAAUUUUUAUUUUUUUUUAAUUUCUUUAAGAUUCAUAACCAAAGCUAAACAUACAUACAUUCAAUCUUAUUUUAUUUUAUUGGCUCAACAACAAAAUCAAAUACACAUUAAUUAAUAUUGUCACAUUAUUCUUGUCAAAUUUUAUGUAUAUUUAGAAUUUUUAAAUUUAUUUAGAAAAAUACUAUAUCUACAAAAAAAUUCCAUCUUCUUUUUUAAUUUUUUUAAUUUUAUGUAUCUCAAAACAUGAUUUAGAACAAAACCAUAUAUUCAGAGGUGGAUAAAUAACAAGUGUUACAAAUCCAUACUUACAAACACAUAUAUAUCAAAUUACAUGAGAUUAACAUGUAAUUAAAAUUAAUACCCAUCUCGAGUCAUCAUGACAUGUAAUUAACUGAUUGUCACAAAUCCAAAUUUGAAAGCCCAUCUCGAGUCAUCAUGACAUGUAAUUAACUGAUUGUCACAAAUCCAAAUUUGAAAGCCCAUAAUACCCAUCUAUACUCAAGACCGAUAUAUAUAUUUUUUUCCAAAAAAAAAAAAAGAAGAAGAUGGUAGAAGGGACUCAAGAAGAAACUCACCAAUAAAUAGUACCAAAACUUUUCAGAAGGCAUUGAGAUAGGAAUCAGAGGACAAGGAAGACCAAGAGGCUGCAAUACCAAGGCAAUUUAUAUAGGGAAAAUAAAUAAAUAAAUAAAUAAUAAAAAAAAACUAAAGUACAAAACCACAAAAAGGGUAACAAAAAUCACCAUCUAAAUCCUUAAAAAAUUCACCAUUUUUCCAUAU